GCGCCUUGGUUAUUGGGCUUGGACGACCUCAGUUUUGUACUACACCAUUCAACGGAGGGCAAGUAUGCUGUCUGAUGUGAUGAAAUAAGGGCUGUUGAAAAGAAUGAGUGUUUGAAGAAAGACCAGGCGUUAAAAGGAUUGUGUAUGUCUUUGGCGGACCUGUCACGCACUCCAGCACAAACUUUCAUAGUGGAGAUGGGAGUAAACCUGGAGACUGGGAUACCCGGUGAACUUCCAGGAGAGGAAUCUGUGAUUUGGAUUUAAACAAGCCUUGGUUAUUAUUAACACCGCUUGAAGUUGCAUACGUCUCAGCCAUGGUGCCUAACUGGAGAUUAGGUCUGGCCCAUCCUUGCUGUUUCGGCCUGCUGUUCCUUCUCCUCCUGCCCAGCUCGGUUUCAGUGAGAGAACCUCGCCACCAGUCCCACAUCCACCUCCCCUCGCUGAUACCUCACGCCACCCUGCCGCUGUCCCGCUCCCGCUUCAGCGCCAAAGCUCAGCUGGACUUCACUACUCACUGCAACGAGAGCUGCUACCACAAAGGUGAAGACACAGAUAAAGACCACCUAGCUUUCGAAACUCUUUAUUCCGACGGCUCGCGAACUUUAACCACUGUAGACCUGGAAGAAAACGACGUUGAACUUCCUUACACACAGCCCAGAGUAACCUCUCCCAGACGGAAGCGACUAAAGCGGCAGAUCUACGGAUCAGACGGGCGCUUUAACAUCCGCGGUGACCACUUUCUUCUAGACUACCCGUUCUCCACAGCCGUUCGCAUCUCCACCGGUUGCACUGGAGUUCUGGUGUCCCAGCAGCACGUCCUGACCGCAGCUCACUGCGUGCAUGAUGGGAAGGAUUACGUCAAAGGAGCGCGGAAACUCAGGGUGGGCUUUCUAAUCCCUCCGUCUGUUAACGGUACGAGGCUGGGUCAGGCUCCCGCAAAGAAACCCUUGGUGCGCUGGGUGAGAGUUAAACGCACACGUGUUCCUAAAGGCUGGAUUCAAGGGCCUCAAGAGGUCAGCAUGGAUUUUGACUACGCGCUUCUAGAGUUGCGUUGGCCUCACCGGCGUCCCUUCAUGCGCCUGGCUGUGGCGCCCACCUCAGACAAUUUGGCUGGUAAACGCAUACACUUCUCUGGAUUUGACAGCGACCGGCCUGGGGAACUAGUGUAUCGCUUUUGUCCAGUGGAGGAUGAGUCCAAUGAUUUAAUAUAUCAGCAUUGUGACGCCCGCCCUGGCGCAAGCGGCUCUGGUGUUUACGGACGCGUGUGGGACGAUACACUAGAGCGCUGGGAGCGCAAAGUCAUUGGGAUCUUCUCAGGCCACCAGUGGCUGGAAAUCAACGGUGAGAAUCGCGACUACAACGUGGCCGUUCGCUUCACUCCUCUCAAGUUUGCUCAGAUCUGUUACUGGGUUCAUGGAAAUAAGGUGGAUUGCAGUCAGGACUAAAAAAUAUGACCAAGAGGAAUGGGACAAUUUCAAACUGACAUGCCUGAUGUUGGAAACUGCACUUUACAGUCCUUUUACGGGUGUGGCUACUGAAUCUGAGAAGAAAGAAGGUCCAUGUUUGGAGGAUCGCUAACCACAGGCUUUGAUCACUCAUAUGGGCUGAGCUGGAACUUUACUUAACCACUACCUUUAGUUUUACGCAUAGAAUCCUACAACACAGUAGAUUUAUCUUGUCAAGUCUUUGCCAGUGUUAAGUAGACAUCUGAUCUCAGUUAUAUGAUUUUCUCCACAGCCUUGCUUUUUUCAGAUUACACUAUCAGUCUGUUCUUUGCACUUUUAGAAAGUCGAUUUAGGAUGGAUACAUGUUUUCUUCUCACAUCUCAUCACUUGGGGUUUGCUUAAUUAUAGAUUAACAUACACAGAGCUUAUCCAAUGACUAAAAGUAGAUGCAAAAGGGCUACGCAAUUUGGUCUGCUAAGCAUACUAUUUUUGUUUUCUGAUUUAUGAUUACCACAAUGACAAAAUCGACGACUGUGAGAUGUAGUAUGGGUGUUCAAAUGAGAGAGUAUAUAUAUAUAUAUAUAUAUAUUUAAAGCAUGAAUUAAAAUCUUCAGUUUGUUUGUUAAUACAUUCAUCUGGCGCUAUGAACAUGGUUCACUCUUUUACAGUUACAUACUCAUUUUAUAUCAGACAGAUGAAGACCUCAUACUGGUAACAUUACAGUUUCUGUUGAAAAAUAACUUUAUUCUUUUAUGUUGGAUUAAUAUAAAGACUGGAAACAAACUAUGAGAAAGGUUGUGGGCUAAAUGAUUAUAAUUCUAUUUUAAAAAGCUUUUAUUUUAAUAAACUUAUGUCUUGUUUUUGC